GGAAAACGAAGUUCAAACAUUAAUCUACAAUGGCAGACAAGAGACCAAAGGCUGACGCCACAUCUUGCAGUGUACUAAGUUGGGAACAGGUCAGCCGCUUGCAUGAGAUCCUAUCAGAAGUAGUGCUAAUUCAUGGACGGGGCAAUUUUCCAACGCUGAAGAUAACUUUGAAGAAGAUCAUACAAACUGUUCGGAGCAGGCUGGAAGAAGCAAGCAUUCUCGUGCACGACGUUCGACUGAAUGGUUCUGCAGCUGGUCAUGUCUUGGUUAAAGAUAACGGACUGGGUUGUAAAGAUCUAGAUCUUGUUUUUCAGGUGUCCCUUCCAAGUGAGACUGAGUUCCAGUUGGUCAAAGAAGUGGUGCUGCAGUCCCUUUUAAAUUUCUUGCCUGAAGGUGUGAACAAACUCAAGAUUACUCCCAUGACUCUUAAGGAGGUAUAUAUUGAAAAGUUGGUGAAGGUAUCCACUGAAAAUGACCGAUGGAGCUUAAUAUCUCUUUCUAACAGGCAUGGCAGAAAUGUAGAACUCAAGUUUGUGGAUCGUAUACGGCGGCAGUUUGAGUUCAGUGUGGAUUCUUUUCAAAUAAUAUUAGACUCCCUGCUUUUUUAUUACAAGUGCUCAGCAAACCCAAUGUCAGAGCAUUUCCAUCCAACUGUCAUUGGGGAAAGUAUGUACGGCGAUUUUGAGGCCGCCUUUCUUCAUCUUAAGAACAGACUGAUAACUACCAAGAACCCUGAGGAAAUUAGGGGAGGCGGGCUCCUCAAAUACAGUAACCUUCUUGUGAGGGAUUUCCAGCCUAUGGACAAAGAGGAAAUCAAAACCUUAGAGCGCUACAUGUGCUCCAGGUUCUUCAUAGACUUCCCAGAUAUUCUGGAACAGCAGCGCAAAUUGGAAACCUACCUGCAGAAUCACUUUGCGGAAGAGGACAGAAGCAAAUAUGACUACCUAAUGACCUUGCGGAAAGUGGUGAAUGAGAGCACAGUAUGUCUCAUGGGGCAUGAACGUAGACAGACACUGAACUUGAUCUCCCUUUUGGCCCUCAGAGUUCUUGUGGAGCAAAACAUCAUCCCUAACGCUAAUAAUGUCACUUGCUAUUACCAGCCAGCACCCUAUGUUAGUGAUGCAAAUUUCAGCAGCUACUAUGUUGCAGAUACUUAUGGCCAGGUAUGUCCCACCUGGUUGCCUUGCAAUUGAUUCCUUGUCUUCGUGUGCCUCUAUUCAACCAGAAUGGAGCGUUUCCUAUAUUUCUCUUAGCUGCUUAAAUAGGACUAAUGUUACCAAGCUUUAGUCAGGUCAUAACAUAGUACUGCCUUUCAUAAAAGAAAAUCUCUUUUCUAUCUGUCCUAAUGUGUGUCUGCUAUUUUUAAAGCUGAAGUCUGAAAGAUGAUGUCCAGCGACACCAGAACAAUAAUAGAUGCUUAAUUGCUUUCAUGCUAUCUUACUUUUUGAAGUUUCAUUGUCUGCAAGUUCUGUUCCCAAUUUAAUGGAAGUAAUGAAGACUAAUCUGGUAUUCUUGUGCAGGAAAAAUAGCUAUAUUGUAGCACAUAAUUAGCUGAUCAAAACCCCACUAAAAGGAAUGGAAUUGAAGCAGUUUAAUGUAGAUAGCAUGACAGCUAUUUUCCUGAAAGUCUUAAUCAGUUUCCUUCUAGCACCAUAGCGGUAAUAAUGAAAUCGUCUUUAAAAAGGAAAAUCCUUACAUUCUAUUUGGUACGUUUUAGUUUAAAGAAAUUGGAUACUGGCAACUUUGUGCUGGCAGAAAUGGCUUCCAGAAUACAUAGCUUUCAUGAUCUCUUCUUCUCACAAGCUUCAUCAGAAGUAUUUUGAGACCUUCCUUAAAGAAGGAAGGUGGCAGCAAUGGAGGCAAAGAAAGUCUAAAUAUUUUUAGGAGGGCAGCAUUGGCAAUGGGGAGUUCUUGAUUUGUAGCAAUCCCAAAGCAGAAGGCCUGUUCCAUGAUUCCUUCUAGCCUGAUUGGAAGACUGCCAAGCAAAGAAGGAAACAGGAAAGUACUUUUGCAAGGGUAAUAUUGAAUAUUUGCCUUUUCUUAAUAGUACAAUCCAAACAUUAUGUGGAAAACUUCAUAGAUAGUAAAACAAUUCAUGGAAAACAGAGGUUUAUGAAUCUGCUGUUUGGAAUUCUAUUUUCCCCUGAAACUGGGCAUAUACAGAAUAUGGAGUUAGUAUUUUUCUAAAAUUAUAUUGAAACUAUAGAUUUUUUUAAAAAAAUAUUUUCAAUCAAGAUGAAAAUCUCAAGAAAUGAAUGCAAACCAGAAGAAAAUAUAAAUAUAUGGAACCAGAUUUUGGGCGGGUAGUAAGGAUAGGAAUUUAUGCUAUGGAUUAUGUGAGAAGCAAUAACUGCAGUGAGAAAUGAUGGUUUUGAUAGUUACCUGAGAAUAAAAUACUUCAGUUAGCACUCCGUUAACACUCCCAAGUUCUUGAAAAAAGUUCUCAAAAAUGAGUUCAGUUUAAAACAGUUAUAAAUUCCUAACUCUUGCUAUUCGGGGUUUAUUGAUACUUGUAGAUUUUUAAGAAGCCUCUUAAAGUUCAAAGGUAUAGAAAGAAAAGAAAGGCCCUCAGUCACAGCUGGUGAAUAAAUGAAGGUUUUGUGAGAAGGAAAUCUGUCAAGCAUGCUUCGACAGUUCCACUGUCUUUUUCAUAAAGAAGAGGGUUCAAAAUACUUGUGCAGGAUUCUUUCUCAAUUGCACUUUCUUGGCAGCAAAGCUAAUACCCAUAAGGAAUACUUUGCUACAUUAUUGAAGAAAUUCAUGGUUGAUUAGCAUAGAUUUACCAAAUCCAGAUCUCAGCAGAACCCCCGAAAUUCCUAAAUUGUCUAUUAAAUACAGAAAGAAGAUAGAUCAUGCUCGACCUAUAGAGUUUUUUUACAGGUUUUCUAUUGCAAAAGGAUAUUUAUUAAAUUGGUAUAUUUGUCUUAUAGUAUAAGCAUAACAUUUCCAAGGAAAGGAAAAAAGGGUAAGAAUAGGACAGUGUAAUGACAAAGAAAAACAUUUUGGAAAUGUUCAUUACUGAGUAAUAGAAAUCCUUAAAUUUCUCUCAAUAAAAGUUCAAAAUAGGAUAGCUUUUGUAAAAGUAGCAUUUCUUCUGUAACUUAGAGAUAAAUUCUUAUCUGUGGAAAGGUGGAUGACCUUGGCAGUGCUAAAGUGGCACCACCUUGUUGAAUUCCUUCUUGAAUCAAACAGAUAAGCAGAAAAAUAUUGAGCCUGUUUCAGUUUCUGUAGUUAAGCUACAUGUUUUGCUUGACCAUAUCAAAUUGCCUGAAUAUUGUUGAAAUUAAUUGCACUGGAUUAUUCAAAAACAAAGCUAAACAGUAAAAAUCACAAUUUGAUGUUCAUGAAAAGAUUUAUUCUGCUUCCUGUUGCAGAAUUGCACCUUGGGGUAAGAGGGGAAUAUAAAAUAGAA